GUCACCGGUCCGUAUGUGUCAUCUGUGGGCGGUGCGGCGCUGUGCGGGAGACGGGUGUGUGUUGCUUGGUCAUGGCGACUCGCCGAGCUCUGCACUUCGUUUUCAAAGUGGGAAACCGCUUCCAGACGGCACGUUUCUAUCGUGAUGUCCUAGGGAUGAAGAUCCUGCGGCAUGAAGAAUUUGAAGAAGGCUGCAAGGCUGCCUGUAAUGGGCCUUAUGAUGGGAAAUGGAGUAAAACAAUGGUGGGAUUUGGACCUGAGGAUGAUCAUUUUGUUGCAGAGCUGACUUACAAUUAUGGCAUCGGAGACUACAAGCUUGGCAAUGACUUCAUGGGUAUAACACUCGCUUCCAGCCAGGCUGUCAGCAAUGCCAGGAAGCUAGAGUGGCCACUCCGUGAAGUUGCAGAAGGCAUUUUUGAAACCGAGGCUCCGGGAGGAUAUAAGUUCUAUCUGCAGAAUCGCAGCCCACCUCAGUCAGAUCCUGUAUUAAAAGUAACUCUAGCAGUAUCUGAUCUUCAGAAGUCCUUGGACUACUGGUCUAAUCUCCUGGGAAUGAAAAUUUACGAAAAAGAUGAAGAGAAGCAAAGGGCUUUGCUGGGCUAUGCUGAUAACCAGUGUAAGCUGGAACUGCAGGGCAUCAAGGGUGCAGUUGAUCAUGCAGCAGCUUUUGGAAGAAUUGCCUUUUCUUGCCCCAAAAAAGAGUUGCCAGACUUAGAAGAUGUGAUGAAAAGGAAGAACCAGAAGAUUCUGACUCCCCUGGUGAGCCUGGAUACGCCAGGGAAAGCGACAGUCCAAGUGGUCAUUCUGGCCGACCCUGAUGGACAUGAAAUUUGCUUUGUGGGGGAUGAAGCAUUUCGAGAGCUUUCUAAGAUGGAUCCAAAGGGAAGCAAAUUGUUGGAUGACGCAAUGGCAGCAGAUAAAAGUGAUGAAUGGUUUGCCAAACGAAAUAAACUGAAAGCUUCAGGUUAGCAGAAGACGUCACAUGGAACAAGCAUUUAUGAUUCCUGUCUAGCACUUGUGAGGCCUGACGUGUCCAUUUAUGAUACGUGCUCUUACAAUGUGGUUAUUUCCUCUAAAGGCUGGAAUGGUAAAGAUGUGUGUAUUUUAAUCUUAGAAAGCUCUGAUGUAUUUUAGGUAUAAAAUCCUAUUAUUAUCAACCCAAUUAGAGGAGAACUCUUGCUGUAAUCUGCACUGUCACUGGAAUGGCACAAUCUGUGUAUAACUAUUAGAUUGGUAAGAAAUUAUUUUCCAGCCUGGGGCAGCUGUAUGGAACAUUACCUUUGGUUGGGGAUGGAGGGAAUUUUGACAAGCCUAUAGAUCUUAGGAGAAAAACUGUUCAAAUAAAUCCAAAUCAAUGGCUUAUAACAGGAAUACUCCCAGUAUCUGAUAAUAUUAUGCUGUUCUAAUGUAUUACUCUGGCAAGCCUUGACAUUUAAACAUGUUUAAAGAAAUUAUGUCCUUGAACCAAAAGAUUUAGUUAACACCCCCCCACAUUCCUUACUUUAAAAUUUUUAGUAGCCAGAAAAAACAGACGGAAGAAUAUAAUAAUAUGUUGUGUUGCUACCUGCCUGGAUCUCUGCUGUUUCCUUACAUAAUUUUUUUAACCCUCAUAAGAAGAGAACAUGUUAAAUUUGGAUUAGAUGAUAUCUUCAGCCUGAAAAAAAUUUUUUUUUGUAUGUCUUCUUGUAGUUUCCUGUUUUAUAGAACAAAUAAAUUUUAAUCACUGGAAACAGAAUUAUAUUGGACAUAUUUAUUUUAAAAUGUUUUGAAGAUGUACUUCUAAAAUCAAGCUGUUACACCAACCUGUAAGAUUCAUUAUUUAAAGUGGUAUCCAGGUUUAAAUUUUAGGAAGGAAACAGGAGAUUGAAAAGGAUUGAUUUAGGGGAUACCAGUUCCAGAAUAAUACGUGUAUAUAGGAAUUGACUUGUAAAUCAGUUUCUCAUCUUCUCCCUUGCUGGCGUAUUUUGGCUCACCUUAGAGGUGACCUUACCUUCACUUUGAGAAAAAAAUCCUUUUCCAGCUUCAAGGCACUUUCCAUUCAACUUAAAUUUUAUAUCUUACCUUACCUUCACUUUGAGAAAAAAAUCCUUUUCCAGCUUCAAGGCACUUUUCAUUCAACUUAAAUUUUAUAUCUUAGGGAAGCUAUCUUGAGUUUCAAAGCAAACCAUAUUACCGUAUUUGCCGGCGUAUAAGACAACUGGGCGUAUAAGACGACCCCCUAACAUUUCCACUCAAAAUACAGA